AUGUCAACAUCUGACAUUCGUUACUUCACAACCUUGGUAAAGAAUACCACAGACUAUGGUGAGAUUGCAGGUGCUUUGGACUACUUAAUUGAGAAAGGUACACCGGUUGUGCAACAACAGCUACUACAACAACAGCCAACUAGUCCUUUGGACAGUGACAACAUCAUCUCUCCAAUAUCAGAUGAUGCCACACCAAUAUCAACAGCAACUGAUGACAACAACAAUAACAAUGACAAUGACAACAACAAUAUUAUCGAAUUUCAUCAACAAGAGUUAGAGAUACCUCUUGAACAGUUUAGCAACCUUGAGAAUCUAUCAGAGUUGGUUGAGACACUAUGGUGGAAGCUUGGAACAUCAAUAUUGAACAAAUCAAGAGAUUUCUUUCAGAUAUGUAUCGAUAUCACCUUGAGAAAGAUUUGUUCCAAUGACCUACCAGCAGAGUAUAUCAAGAUGUUGGCUUGUAUCCUCUCGCCAAAGCUAUUCCACAGGGGAGGUGAUAAUGGAGGCUACAAUCAAGACUUUGAGUUAAUCCUUCAGUUACCUGCACAACUUGCCAACUACUUUGCUCAACGUGGAGGUAUGUCAAUCUUAAUGAGCAACAUCCAACUCAAGAAGGGUUCCUUUGAUUCUCUCAAGAAGAUGCUCUAUAUAAUGAAGAAGGUUACCAAGAGAACAAAGUUAGAGUUCUCAGAGCCAGAUGUUGAGGCAUUUAUACAGGUCGUGUUCAAGAGGAUAUUGGAUACACCGGAUGAAGAGUUCAAGAACGAGAGUAGAAAGGAUUUGGACAUCUGUAUGAACAAGUACCUACGAGCCAUUGUGAGAAACGUAUCGGAUAACAUGUUUGCCGAUCUGAUCCACUCCAAGUUCAUGGAGGUGGCGCUCAAGUGCUUCAAGUCCGUGUCGCUCGAGAAGAGAAACUCGGGCCUCAACGAUAUUAUCAGCUUCAUCAAGCACGAAUCCCUAUAUAUGUACAGUAAGGCGUACACGCACAGCACCGACAAGGUGGUCAACUGGCUGCGCGACAACAGGAUCGUCGAGCAGCUCUACGGCGAGACUAUGCACAUUCAGCUGCUGCAAAAGUGCUCCGAUAUUCUCAAGUAUCUGGCCGAAAAGAAGGCCUUCCAGCAACAGUACCUCGAUCUCAUGUGGAGCGCCGCCGAGGGCAAGCACGAGACCAUCGAGAACACAAUCUACGAGACCAUCGGCAACAUCGCCCCGUUGUUGCCAAUCCAACACAUUGAGUACCUGUUUGAGAGCAAGAUUAAGGCCAUCCCAUUCGAGCACUACACACCACAGACUCUGCAACUGAUCUACUGUCUCAUCCAGAACCGACAGGCCCCUUACUCCAACAGCGGAUCGGCCGUCUACUCACAGGAGGAGUCAAGAGAGCACAUCGUUCACCAUGGACUCGAGAUCUUUUGGACAUUGCUGCAGGAUGAGAACGAAGCACUGAUCGCACCAGAGCUCUCAAACAAUGUGCUCACCUUGCUCCAGGACACGCUAUACUUCCAUCAGCCCCAGCGACACGACUACCUCAGGAAGAGUAUCGAGAACAUUGCCAAUCACAAGUCGGUGCUGUUCUCGCUGCGCAUCAUUCAAUUCAGCAUCACAAUAUUCACCGAUCGUCAGAAGAAGUCCACGUCCAUCGCUGAUUCCUCAGCCGUCAUUGACCACAUCAACAACUCGAUGCGACUGAUGGAGAAGCUCUACGAGCAUCUGUAUUUCUACAAGCAACAGUGCAAGUCGAUCAUUGACAACAGGAUGUCCACCAACUGUGACGAGCAGUCGUUGGGUGACACCCCAAUCUAUGGUCGCCACAGCCACUAUGAGCAGAUCAAUGAGUUCUUGGCCUUUAUCAGCUUUGUCUGGGAGAAGUCCACGCUCUCUGCCAGCAACGACAAUAUCGAUGUACUGUGGCAGGUGUUUGCCGUCGAUCCCAUCACCUCGAACGAUCGCAACAUCUUUUUCAAGUGGGCUCAGACCUGUUUCACCGAGGCCAACUUUGAAUACAUACUUCAAAAGUUUGAAGAGAUAUCAUUCGUCAAUCUUGAGCCACCAGGUGCCUCCCUCUACGUCCACUGUAUGAAGACACUUAAUCAAGGUAGACCUGCAUCAAACUAUGUUGGUAUUGAUAUACUUUGGAAGAUUGCACUUGAGGCAGAGAAUGAAGAGGUUGGAAAGGAAGCUAUCUCUUAUAUUAUUGAUCUUUACAAGAGUAUGCCAACAAGAGAAAGCGAAUUCCUACCAACAUGUAUAUCGAACUUAUCAAACAUUGCGACGACCUCUAUCGAUGGUACAUUGACAUUGAGCCACUCGGAUCACAUACUUGUCAAUCGUACAUUGGCCCUGCUCCAGACAUACUUGGAGGGCUUUGGCUCAAAGUACAGGGACUCGUUCAAGAAGAACUUCUAUCCAUCGAUCAAUGUCACCUUUGCCAGUCAGAGGCACAAGAUCCCCUUGCAGGUCAGGUGCAGCGAAACCGUUGGACAGAUCAAGCAGCGUCUUGCUAGUAUCAUCCACGCACAUCCAGGAUCAAUCUACAUCGUGCACAAGACCAAGAUGUUGCAAUUUGACUACGAGACCUUUAGCGACUACCAGGUGCACAACCACGACCAUCUGAUGUUCAACGAGUGGCCAGAGCCAAAGAUUCAGGAGCCCGCUCAGAUGGUCCAGAUUCACUUUGAUCAGAGCAAACUCAGUCUGUUGUUCUCCCUUUUGGCUAUCGAGGAGAUUGCACCCACCGUAUGGGACGUACUCAUGCUGCUGCCCGUCAGUCAUCAGAUAUUCCAGGCACUGGCCAACAUCCCAUCAAGCUUCACAGAGACAACACAACAGUUCAAUUGGGGCGAUUUGAUCAACCAAUCGUCAGUCUAUAAGCUAUUGUACACGCUGUUGAUCGUCGAGAACUUGGUGCAGCGUGAGGACAACAACUAUGAGUGGAGACACAGAUUCAUCACAACGGGUGGCCUCUCUCACCUGUUCAAGGUACUGAUGCGCGAUGACUUCCACCAGGUGUGGACCUGCAAGUCGUCCAACAAGCGUAAGAGAUGUCUGUCGUCUAUGAUCAACACCAUCGUCCUGCUCGUGAUUGACCAUUCGAACCUCACCAUCAACCUUUCCGGUGUCUCGGCGGCUGUCGUGCCAAACUUCACACCAACCGCCUUCCUGAACCGUCUGAUGGAUCUGGCCUGGAAGCAAGCACUCCCCACCGUUCAGAAGGAGGACCUUAUGUUGCCUCACGUCACUGAUGACGGUGACAUCAUUAGCAACUUUUUGACACUGAUUCUCGCCAUGGUUCAACACAACAACGAUCUGCUGGACCAGUUCUGUACAAAGAGAAAGGACAUUACCAAGUGGAUACAGUUGCUCUUGUUGGACAGCAGCGAUCCAUCCAUCCGCGAGUGCACCAGCAACAGAUUCUACACGCUCUGUCAGCACAACGCAGUGGCACAUGAGUUCUUCCAGUCACAAUGUCUGACUCUGCUGCCUUUCAUCGUUGGCUCUGACAAGUAUGCCUUCAGUAGCAACCAAUUCUUCCUCCUACUUCUCAACCUGUUGCAAGAUAGCUGUCGCAAUGGUGACACGCCCAAGUUUGCCAAGCUCCUCCAGGAACUGGCGGCCAUGCUCAAGUCUCACCCAAUAGUGGAGUCGCCCAACAUGUUCCAGUCAGACUACGUACUGAUUGGCAUUAUCAAUAUGCUGCGCACACUUGUCGGCUUCUCACACCAGUUCAAGGUCAAGGCAGGCAACGACCAUCUGAUCCAGGAAGUGUUCCACGAGUGUCUCUUCAACAUUGCCACGGCAGACAACCAUGGACCCCUGUGUCCACCAAAGGCCAAGUCAAAGGAUUCGCGAGAUGCUUGCUUUGCACUGUUGCUAGAGUUGGCCAACAACUGCGAGGAGAACUACAAGGAGCUGGUGCUGCAGCUCAUCGAACAGAACAAGCCUGACGAGAGGAGAUCAGUCUGGAACUACUUCCCCAUGGGCAAUGAGAAGUCAUCGUGUGGCUACGUUGGUCUGAAGAAUCUUGGCGCCACCUGCUACAUCAACUCAUUGAUGCAGCAACUGUUUAUGAUUCCAGGCUUCCGCUACAGUAUACUUCAGGCAGAGGACUCGGCCACCAACGCCAACCCAGACUCCCUGCUCUACCAGCUCAAGAUCAUCUUUGCCAACCUGCAGGAGAGUGAGAAGAAGUCACACGAUCCCAAGGACUUCUGUCUGGCCUACAAGUACGAGGGCCAGCCAAUCAACACCUACGUUCAAAUGGAUGUGGAUGAGUUCUUCAACAUGUUGUUUGAUCGCUUGGAGAACCAACUCAAGGGCACCAAGGAGGAGAAGCUGCUGAACCAGUUCUUUGGCGGUGCCUCUGUCAAUCAGUUUAUCUCCCAAGAGUGUGCUCACGUCUCUGAGAGGGAGGAGCCAUUCUACACGAUCAGCGUUGAGGUUAAGAACAAAAAGGACAUCACAGAGUCUCUACAACUGUUUGUCGAGUCUGAGACAUUGGAUGGCGACAACAAGUACUUCUGCAGCCAAUGCUCACAAAAGGUCAAGUGUCUCAUGCGAAGAUGUAUCAAGAGUCUUCCAAACACACUGAUCAUCCACAACAAGCGCUUUGAGUUUGAUCUUGACACGAUGAAGAGGACCAAGCUCAACGACGCCCUCAAGUUCCCAAUGACCCUGGACAUGACCCCCUACACCAAGGAGUAUCUCGAGGGCAAGGAGGCCGUCGAGAAGGCCAAAGCCAACAACCUGCCCAUCCCAAAGGAUCUGCCCGCAAUGCAACCAGCCUCCUACUACCAAUACGAUCUUAGUGGCAUCCUGGUGCACUCUGGAACGGCAGACUCUGGUCACUACUACUCGUUCAUCAAGGAGCGUGAGCCACUGAUCCCCGGCCGGCCACGCCACUGGAUUCAAUUCAACGAUCAGCUCACCGAGGUGUUCAAUCCAGAGGACAUCUCCAGGGCAUGCUUUGGUGGCUACGACUCGAUCUCUCUCGAUCAGGGCAAGACCAACAUUCGCACUUCGCAGCGCAACAACAAUGCCUACAUGUUGUUCUACGAACGUUCACACGUUGUCAACAACACUACGACCACUCCUGUCGGCCCCUCGAUGUUCAAGAGUCUAUCACAGGCACAGCAGUCCAAGUUGGUGCCUCGUGAAAUGUUCAGUACCGUGUGGAAGAACAACAUGAAGUUCCUCACAGACAAGAACAUCUUUGACCUUGGCUACUUUGAAUUCAUAUCGAACAUCAUUCAUUUGAAUCAAAUCACCAAGAACAAUGUAGACGGUCUACACAACAUUGCGAUCGACCACAACAACAACAACAACGAUGUUGUUCACAUGUCUGAUGAUCCAGACUUUGAUCAGAGAAUGAUGUCAAUCGAGCUUGGCACCAGGUUCGUCAUUGAGACUCUGUCCCACUCCAAGGAGCGCAAACAACUCGGCGACUUUGUCCUAUUCCUCAACGCAAUGUACGAGAGCCACCAAGGAGCAUGCAGAUGGUUCCUGGACACGGUCACCACUGACCCAACGUGGAUCAAGCAGAACAUGCUUGUCUGCAUCACCACCGAGCCCCGCGAGGCACUGUCCAAGAUCAUUCUGCAGGUGUUUGCCACACUGCUGCCUGAGGACCGUCAGUACUACUUUGACAUGGAGAGCGUGUCGCCCGACAGCAACGGUGACAAUGACUCGCCAAUGGACAUCAUUGACAUUGACAGUGACAGGUCUGCCAGUGGCAAGCAAAAGGCACUGAACCAAAACGUGAUGGACCAGGAGUUGUCCUCUUCAUCUCAUCUCAUUGGCCGUCCCAAGUCAUACAUUGCUCGCUUUAUGGACACGUACCUAGACUUUAUCAAGGAGGUCUCACUGUACUGGAAGCACUUCCAUCAGUACUUCACACUGAUACGUGACUUUGCCAACAUUGGCAUAGAGGAGAGGAGGUUCCUGCUCAAUCGUUGCGUCAUCUCGCGUCUGAUCCACUUCUACAUGGGCGACGACUCUCCAAUGGCCAAGACCAACCCACCACAAAAGAAGGUCAAGAUGGGCGACAAGUACAACUCUCCACAGCUCCAAACGAUGCUCGAGACAAUCGCCAUUCUCGUACAGGCUGCACACACUCGAUACUCAACACAGGACGACACUCGCCUGCCGACACACACCGAUGAGCCAAUCGCUAUCAACGAGGAUGACUUGUACAUGCUCACCAACCCACACUUCUACAUCAAGACCGUCAUUGACUCGAUCAACCUAAAGGCAUCCAAUGACAUCAUGCGCCAUAUGUGCUUUGGAGAUAUCAAGCUCAGCAAGAAUCUGAUAAGCCAGCUGCGCCAGACAGACAGCAGGAGCACUCCAGACGCACUGAUCACAUUGAUCACCCUCGAGGACCACUGGCAGAGGGACCGUGCCCACAGUGCCAUCAAGGCGUUCAUUGAGUUUAUGGAGGAGGUCAAGCAAAGCGCAUUUGCGCCGCACAUCAAGUAUCUCUUGCAACAGGCUGCCGAGACCCCGAUCAUUGGCCAAUGGUUCAUGCUCAACAAGGACGAAUGGCUCAUCCGGUGGCUGGUGGAGCACGAUUCGAUCGAUGUGCGCUACGAAGCCUACAAACUGCUCAUCGCACUCUACAGUCUGGACGAUGCACAAUCCAACGCAGACCGUGUCAACGAACUCUUCCAAUACCUAAUGGAGCAGUCCAAGGAUGUCAAGGUGAUGGCUCGUGAGGAGAAGGACGUUCAGAGCGGCAGGUUUGAGUACUACUUCAAACUGCUUACACUGUGCACCAUCUCGGACGAGGAGAAGAGGCUGCUCGGAGAGUACAAGCAACCAAUGUUCAAGAUGUUGGAGCAAUUCAUUUCCUGUCAGGUGGCCACCGAUAGGAACCGUCAGGAGUGUGUGCGAUUCAUUGCCAACAUGCUCAAUGAGUACCCUGACAAUGUGCGUCUCAUGCUGGAUGACCCCGUCAAGGGCAAGCUCAUGGACUACUUUAUCAGCAUUUCGCCAAACGAAGAACUCAAACUGUACAACAAAAAGUCACUGCCAGGCUUCUACCAGAUCAUUCUCUACCUGGCACAGGAGAAGAUGGAGUUCCUAAACAUGGUUGGCACACAUAACAACUUCUACUGGGCGAUCAACUUCCUCUAUCUAGAGUGUGGUGAGUACGCCGAAGUGGGCAAAGUGCUGAUCCAAAUAUUGGAGUUGGUAGCACAGAGGAUACCAGCCGCCACCUACAAGAUCCUCACCAACUGCAUGGGAUUCAUCAACUUCCAUCACUAUCCACCUCAUAUGUUGCCAUUGCUUAGCAUCCUGACAACCAAGCGCAAGGAUGCCCAGGCCUAUCUCAACACAUACGGUGGGCACCAGUCCAACGAAAGAUGGGUACCCAUUGAAGUACUGUGCAAGAUACUCAAGAACAAGGCACACACCACCGACCUCAACAUCGCACCAAAGCUCCUCGAGGUGCUGUCCAAGGUACUGAAUCUUCUUCGCAAAGACAAUACCUCUCCAGCGGCAUCGAAUGUUGUGGGCGAGUCCAUGCCACAGUCUCCACCCCAGUUGUGGGAUGCCUCAAGCCAAUCCUUCAGGACAGUUGUCAACUCACUGAUCUCUGCCGCCGAGCAAAACAUACAUCUUCUGCCUCACAUCAACAAGUUAAUCAAUCAGAUUGCCAUUGAAUGUCCAGAGGGCUUCAUCGUGGUGGUCACUGAGAUAUUCAACAAGAAGAGUGCAGACCUCGACAACUUGGCCGCCAACCAAACACAGAGGAGCGAGCGAUUCUACAUAAUGUUGUUGGAUGUUCUCAACCUUUGUGGUGGUCACAGCAAUGCCAACUCGCCCGUCCAGCAAAAGUCCAUCAUACUCAUUUUCAAGAUCAUUAAGGAGAUGAUUGCAGUUGGUCUGGAGAAUGGCUACAAGGUAUUGGCUACAGCCGUUGGAAAGUAUUCCGCUCAGAUCAAGGACGAGGAGAAGAUCGCCAUCAUCACCUUUGCCAUCAAACACACCAGUACGCUAAGCAACCAAGAGUUCUUUGAUAUCAACAAACGAUUCGUGAUCGACACGGACGGACUGGUGUCCAAGGACUCCAACCCGACAUACUCUCUCUGGUGCCAACUUCUGUAUGACCAAGUGCAGACGUCGAUCGCCUCAAUCAAUUCACUAUCCAACGACAAUGCCGCCUCCGAAGUCGACCAGCACUUGGCAGACCUCACAAACACACUCAAGUCAUUGGAGUUGUUGGGCAAUGGACGAUCAGCCACUUCGACAAACUCUAAACACCUAACCGCUGUUUGUGAGAUGCUCGAAGCAUUCAACAAGGAACUUGCUCACACUCCAGCUUUUGAGCAGUCAGACAGGGCCAAACAGUUCAAAUCGUGUCUCGAAUCACUGCAGACUCUCUUUGCCUCUGCUGCUUCCUCCACUUCUUCAUCAAAGUCGAAAUAA